AUGCCUGAUAUCACCUCUCUGAACAGUCAUACAUCCUCUUACCCGGACACUAGUCCCGAGGAGCUGCAGGGCCAUGAUGCAAUUCCUGGGCAUCCGUUAAAGGUAAAACCCAGUGGCAAUGCGUUACUUGCCACGGAGAAUCUCCGACAUGUCAUUGGCACGUUCAGAUUACUGCCCGAUGAACUGAUUUUGACGUUGCUGGAGUGUCUCGAUGGUCCGGCUCUUCUGCGCAUAGGACGCACCUGUAAGGUCUUCUAUGCGUUUACGCGAGCGGAUGAAUUGUGGAAGGCUCUUUUCAUCCAAUCUCCCCCUUCCUCAUUCACCUGGAGAGGAACAUGGCGGGCUACCUAUCUCGAUCUACCCCCGUCGAAGGUCUCCACUAUUGACUGUUCGAAUCUGUUCUCAGACGCCCUGCACCGUCCUUUCUACUGCGCACAUAUCUCCCUGGACUCGUACGUCCGCAACAUCCCGACCAAGAAUCAGAUUGCUCGACUGCCGAAUCUCUCACCGGAAGAGUUCCAAGAGAAGUGGACUGAUACUCCAUUUAUCCUGACCGAACCUGUGAAACAAUGGCCGGCUUAUCGGGAUUGGUCCGUCAAGACGCUUCUGUCCCGGUAUAGUGACAGCGUCUUCCGUGCGGAGGCAGUGGAUUGGCCCUUGAAGACCUACGUGGACUACAUGCAUAAUAACUCCGAUGAGAGUCCCUUGUACCUGUUCGAUCGUGCUUUCGUGUCCAAGAUGGGUCUCAAGGUUGGCCAACUAGACGAGGAGCCUGAGGCAGCGUACUGGCCUCCACCAUGCUUCGGAGAGGACUUCUUCUCCGUUCUGGGAAACGACCGUCCUGAUAGACAAUGGCUGAUCAUUGGGCCCAAGCGGUCAGGCAGUACCUUUCACAAGGAUCCAAAUGCCACCAGCGCAUGGAAUGCGGUCAUUAGCGGCUCCAAGUACUGGAUCAUGUUCCCCUCUUCGUCCAAGCUGCCCCCGCCGCCUGGGGUCUACGUCUCCGAUGAUCAGAGUGAGGUGACGUCUCCUCUCAGUAUCGCCGAGUGGCUUCUCGGCUUCCACGCCGAAGCUCGACGCACCAUGGGCUGUAUUGAAGGCAUCUGCAGCGAGGGAGAAAUUCUCCACGUUCCUUCCGGCUGGUGGCAUCUGGUCGUCAACAUCGAACCCGCUAUUGCGGUGACUCAGAACUUCAUCCCCCGGGCUCACCUGACUUCCGCGUUGGACUUCCUGUCCAACAAGGCAGACCAGGUCUCCGGGUUCAGAAAGGACGUGCAUGAUCCUUAUGACCGGUUUGUGAACCGAAUGCGCGAGACCCAUCCGAACAUCUUGGACCAUGCCUUGGAGGAGUUGAAGAAGAAACAAGAAGGUAAAAAACGAAAAUGGGACGAAAUCGUCUACGGGAAAUCAGACGGCGAUGGUUCUGGGGAUGCACCGGACGCUGGAGGAUUCAGUUUUGGCUUUGGAGAUGAUGGAAGCGAUGUGGAGGCUUCCUGA